CAAGAAGCAGCGCAAGGCUCCCGGGCGGUUCUGGCGCCACCGAGGAUUGGACCCAGCGCCGCGCGGAAUCUGUGAACUGCCGGCGGCCCCGAGGGUGCAGCUCCCGGAGUAACUGGCGCUGUCCUGCCCCAUGGACGCCUCCUCUAGCCCGUGGAAUCCAACCCAGGCCUCUGCCAGCAGCCCUCCCCUGCUGCUCCCCAUUCCUGCCAUCGUCUUCAUUGCCGUGGGCAUCUAUUUGUUGCUGCUGGGCCUAGUGCUGCUGACUAGACACUACCUGCUGGCCCAGGGCUGCUGCACAGACUGCAGCUCCCCCUGUAGGAAGAAAGGUGCCUUACAAGACUAUUGCUGGACCUGUGCAGAAGCCUGUGAUUUCCCUCUGCCCAGCCCAGCCCGCUACCUGGAUGCCUGCUGCCCACAAUCCACGGAAGCUGGUUGGGCCCCUCGCUGCCCUCGCUGCUGCCCGCUCUGCGACUGUGCCUGUGCCUGCCAACUUCCUGACUGCCAGAGCCUCAACUGUCUCUGCUUUGAGAUCAAACUCCGAUGAGGACCCAGGGUCCCUGCCCUUUGGGGAGCAACCAGCCCCCAGGACCCACAUGCACCCCUCGCUCAGGGCCCCCAGGACACCUUUUCUCCAGGCCACUGGAAUCACAAAUGGCUGGUCCAGGGCCAGGCUCCCUGCAAGGCAGGGCUCAGAGAGCCCUUGGGCAGCUGGACUGCAGCUCCUUUGGAAGGUGGAAGGGAGAGGGGCUGCCCCUUUCCCUCCCCAAGUAAGCUAUUGCAUUUGAAUCGGAGGAUGAGGGAGCACUGCUCACCACAGACUGCAUGAUGGGUGGAACUCAGCUGGUCUUGAGUGUCAAGAGUUAGGGUGCCCAGCCACACCCUCUUCAUGGGCUCUUGGUUAUUUUGGGAGACCUCCUGUCCAAAGAUUGAUUUCUCUUGACAACCAAGAGCCUCAGUCUGGAUCUCCAAGGAAGAAAUUUCCUCUGAAGUACGGG